GAAAGCAGGUGCAUCCUCAAUCUCUGGCUCGAGGGAGAAUGGUGACGUCAGCAGUGCACGAGGAGGAGGACGAGGACGACCAAGGGAAGCGCUCAUGUUGCCCCGUACAUGUUACUCAAGGAAGCCCAAGUUACCCGGCAAGUGUUACACAACUGAGGGAACUGAGUGACCCAGAACAAACUACCGGAAUGAGUAAAUUACAACAUAGUGCCCGAGAAAGCAACCCAGAUUACGUUACCCAAGAAAGUAACCCUAAUUCCUCCCAGCAUUUUAUCCAAGGAAAUAAAUCAAGUUAUCCAAGUUACUCUGAACAUUUCAGUCAAGGAGACAGCUCCAACGACAGGGAAAUGUGUGACGAUUACAUGAAUCACCAUAACAAAGAUGCGUGUGAGAUCGUGUGCGUCCAAUGUUCCGCGUCGAAUCAGUCUGAAAGCUCUUCGGCUUCCAUGGAGCGUUUUUGUGCACGGAGCUGCCCUUGUGUGUGCCACGAGAUCGAAGUCCCUUCCGAGAACGCCAGAGUGUCCCUUGAAGGCGCCCAGAGCAGCCCCAGUGGCCACGAAGACAAGCCUUCAGGGGUGAGACUCACAGGGCCUUGGCCUUCGUCUCGCGCCCCUACGUUUACGGAACACGAGCCGCCCUCGUCUUGCCCCGCCUCCCUGAACUGGGCGCCCGAGCCUCCGGGGGACGCAGGGACGGGGAACAACCUCACCCUCAGGGAAUACCUGGUGGAGCUCGAACGGAUCCGACGGCCCCAGGGCAAUGGCGGUGACGUGGAGAAGAGAAGUCACAGAAGGAACUGCAUUAUUCUCAUAGUGUUCAUUAUUUGCAUAAACGUUACCAUCGGUCUUAUUCGUGGGUUGAGUGGUCUGCCAGGCGUAACGGAUGAGUGACUCACCAGCGUUGUUUAUGAGUCAGUACACUCGUAAACACAGCGCUGAGCUAAUGAGGUGAAAUAACGAGGACGGAGAAAGAAACAAACAAGAGUAAUUAAGGGGAUAAGACCGAUAAUAUAACGAAAGCAAAAUAUUAGAAAAGAAUACAUUCCUAUCGCUGAUGAAAUUGCCAAAAAAAGCUCGUCACACACAUUUCUCGAACUACAUAUUACCCAAUCCUUUUACAAAGAGAUGUUUUCUGUAACAAAUAACCAGGUGUUGGGACCGCAUUGCACUGAGCUCUGUAAACCUGUUGAGGAAAUUGCCAAAUACCACACGACGCGCGGCCGAUUCGUGUGGACCCAAACUGCCCUUCGCUCAACACACGCUUGUUUGCCGAAACGCGCAGCUAAACUGAAAUGUUUGUACCUGUAAUAGUUCUUGUGAUUGGUAAUGGUGUUUUUUUAUGUAUUGUUUUUUGUUAAUAUUUUCGUUUUAAGGAUGAGCAGAAACAUGAGAUGUAUAAUAUGUGAAGAAAUAGUUAUUAGCGAGAACUUUUAAUAUAUGACCUUCACUUAUUCUCUCUUUCGUUUCCUGUGUUUAUCUCUCUCUCUCUUGGUCUCUGACUCGUCAAUUCUAUCUCUGUCUGUCUGUCUGUACUUGCGCAAUUUUUUUUAUAAACACACACACACACACACACACACACACACACACACACACACACACACACACACACACACACACACACACACACACACACACACACAUACACACUCCUUGAAACUAGAUAAAACCAGAUAGAAUUUAUGUAUCAGAAAACCAGUGAAAUUUAAAAAAGGCAGACAUAAAAAAGAGAAAAAUAGAGAGAGAAAGAGAGAGAGAUAGAAGAGAGAGAAAAAGAGAGAGAAAGUGGGUGUGGAAAAUGAUAGAGAGUGUGUGUGCGUUUGUGUGUGUGUGUGUGUGUGUGUGAGAGAGAGAGAGAGAGAGAGAGAGAGAGAGAGAGAGAGAGAGAGAGAGAGAGAGAGAGAGAGAGAGAGAGAGAGCGAGAGCGAGAGC